AUUGCAUUUGUUUGCAGCGCGGGGAAAUCUGGUUAAUUGCAAUAUUAAAUAUUAUACUCAUUUUCUUAAUUAGGAAACGCGUGUAAUAUUUUUCAAUAUUACAUAAUAUUUUUAGUUUAUGAUUGAAAGAUUUACACUUCACACAAGUUCACGCAACAUGCCAAGUACUUGUUUUUUUAAUGACAAACAACCUUUAAACUCCCACUCUUUUUUUUUUUGUUAACCUAUUUUUACCUAUAAAUAAUUUUUUUUACCCCUCGCUUAUCAGUAAACAAACUCCACGAAAUGUGGUGGUUUUAUAAUAGUUCUCCUGAACCUCAAGCCUCAAGGACGUCAGCCGAUGAAGAAGCAUUAGCCGAUUAUAUAUACUCUAAAGUUAUUUAUCAAGCUGGCGUUGAUUUUGAAAGUAAACCCAUGGUUAUAAUUUGUGCAAGCAAUCUUCCAGAUCCCAUAGAAGUCGAUUAUGAUAGAAUUUUAUCACGAAUUUUACUUAAGUUAGACCUUUUUGUUGAGAGCGAUUAUACAGUUGUUCUCUUUGCGGGCGGAGCAAAACAUAACCCUGGUUGGUCUUGGAUGCUUAGAGCAUAUAAAAGUCUCAGUAGAAAAUAUAAGAAGAAUCUUAAGUCUUUGUACAUAGUUCAAGCGACAACAUGGGCACGUAUAUCUUUUGAUUUCAUGAAUGCAAUAAUCAGUCCAAAAUUUGCAAAAAAAAUAAGAUACAUUCAUUCCUUAUCAGAAUUGGCUAAUUUUGUUCCGCUUACACAAAUUGACAUACCACCAGCCGUAUACGAACAUAAUUUGAAAUAUGAAGACAAAAUAACGCUACCAUCUUCAGUUAAUUACAAAGAGAAUAAGCGUUUGAUGUUUGGGGUUCCUCUUGAAGUUUUGAUGGGGACAGAAGGCGAGAAUGGGUUACCAAGAGUAGUCAGAGAUUGUGUUACGUACUUAAGGGCAGAGGGUUUGCAAGUUGAAGGAGUAUUUCGUAGGUCACCUAGUUCAACGUUAUUACGUCAAGCAAAAGAAGCAUAUGAUCGAGGAAACCCAAUUAAUUUAUCGGAUUAUGGUGUACACACGGCAGCUGUUCUUCUUAAGAUGUUUUUUAACGACCUACCAGUAUCUAUUUUUCCUAUGCAAACAUAUGAUGUAUUAAAACAAAUACGAGGAAAACAACAUUAUUUGGGACGCAUUGAAUUUAUACGAAGUAGCAUUUUUCCAUUAUUAUCACCGGCUUCGAUCAUUCUUCUUCAAUAUGUUUGUUCGCUUCUUAACGAAAUUUCAAAAUAUAAAGAUAUUAAUUUAAUGACUGCAUAUAAUCUUGCAGUGAUGUUUGCACCUAAUUUAGUUCAUAGUGGUAACCCAAUGCUUGAUGUUAGCAUGUGUAUUUUAAGUAGAAAUAAUGAAAAUUCUGGUGGUGGUGUCGGAAUACUCAUGAAACUUGCAAUAGAACAAUUUGAUCUGAUGUUUGAAGGUUAUGAACCAAGAGAUUGUGUUAGAGAUGUAUCAGUAGAAAACGGAACAAUAUCGAUGUCAUCUUCAAUGAGCGGAUCCAUUGAAUCUUCAGAUACACCUAUUAGCCCAUCAAGUCCAUCAAGUCCCCCUAAAUAUCCAUCACUCCGUAAAGUACGUAGUCUUGCUGCUGUUUCAAAUUUAAUUAUAAACGGCAGUGGAUUAGACCCUUUUCGUGUUGGAGCGGGUGUAGAAAUUAGUGGUGUUAAGGUACAAGGAAUGGUAAGUAGAAGUCAGCCAGUUACUCCAUAUAGCGAUAUUCCAGGGUCCCCCGCAUCAAUGUCUUCAAUAGAAGAAUUACGCAGGGCGAUGCCUUGGGCAUCUUAAACAAAAAAAAAAAAAUUAUAUAUAUAUUUAAAUUCAUUAAUUAUUUAAUUAUUUGUAUUAUUAGUAGCAAAUCGCAUUUUCAUGAUAAUUUAACAUUCAUAAUUUUAUUAGCCAAAAAAAAUAAAUAAAUAAGUUGCAUAUCACAUUUAGAAAUAU